GCCUGGGCGGGUGGCCGCGCGCGGGCCAGCGGGCUGAGCUCUGCACUGCGCGGGGGCGCACCGCUCGGGAGACCCAGGCCCCGCCACCUUCCCUCCGCCCCCGGGCUCGGCUGUCCCUUUGGAGCAGUGGGAGGACGGGAAGCAGGAGCCAUGCAGUCGGAAUCGGGGAUCGUGCCGGAUUUCGAAGUCGGGGAGGAGUUUCACGAAGAGCCCAAAACCUAUUACGAACUCAAAAGUCAACCCCUGAAGAGCAGCAGUUCCGAGGAGCAUCCUGGGGCCUCCAAGCCUCCGAUAAGCUCCUCCAGUAUGACAUCACGCAUCUUGCUACGCCAGCAACUCAUGCGUGAGCAGAUGCAGGAGCAGGAACGCAGGGAGCAGCAGCAGAAGCUGCAGGCGGCCCAGUUCAUGCAACAGAGAGUGCCCGUGAGUCAGACACCAGCCAUAAACGUCAGUGUGCCCACCACCCUCCCCUCUGCCACCCAGGUGCCGAUGGAAGUCCUUAAGGUGCAGACCCACCUCGAAAACCCCACCAAGUACCACAUACAGCAAGCCCAAAGGCAGCAGGUAAAGCAGUACCUUUCUACCACUUUAGCAAAUAAACAUGCCAACCAAGUCCUGAGCUUGCCAUGUCCAAACCAGCCUGGCGACCAUGUCAUGCCACCAGUGCCGGGGAGCAGCGCACCCAACAGCCCCAUGGCUAUGCUUACACUUAACUCCAACUGUGAAAAAGAGGGAUUUUAUAAGUUUGAAGAGCAAAACAGAGCGGAGAGCGAAUGCCCAAGUAUGAACACGCAUUCACGAGCGUCGUGCAUGCAGAUGGAUGAUGUAAUCGAUGACAUCAUUAGCCUGGAAUCAAGUUAUAAUGAAGAAAUCCUGGGCUUGAUGGACCCUGCCUUGCAAAUGGCAAAUACGUUACCUGUCUCUGGAAACCUGAUUGACCUUUAUGGAAAUCAAGGCCUGCCACCCCCAGGCCUUACCAUCAGCAACUCCUGCCCAGCCAACCUUCCCAACAUAAAAAGGGAGCUCACAGCGUGUAUUUUUCCUGCAGAGUCUGAAGCGAGAGCACUGGCCAAAGAGAGACAGAAGAAGGACAACCAUAACCUGAUUGAACGAAGGAGAAGAUUUAACAUAAAUGACCGCAUUAAGGAACUAGGUACUUUGAUUCCCAAGUCAAAUGAUCCAGACAUGCGCUGGAACAAGGGAACCAUUUUAAAAGCAUCCGUGGACUAUAUCCGGAAGUUGCAGCGGGAACAACAACGUGCAAAAGAGCUUGAAAACAGACAGAAGAAGCUGGAGCACGCCAACCGGCACUUGUUACUCAGAAUACAGGAACUUGAAAUGCAGGCUCGAGCACACGGACUUUCCCUUAUCCCAUCCACGGGUCUCUGCUCCCCAGAUUUGGUGAGUCGGAUCAUCAAGCAGGAACCCGCUCUUGAGAACUGCAGCCAAGACCUCCUCCAGCAACACGCAGACCUAACGUGUACAACAACCCUGGAUCUCACAGACGGCACCAUCACCUUCAACAACAGCCUCGGAGCUGGGACCGAGAGCAGCCAGGCCUAUAGUGUUCCCACGAAAAUGGGAUCUAAACUGGAAGACAUCCUCAUGGACGAUACUCUUUCUCCUGUUGGCAUAACUGAUCCACUUCUUUCCUCGGUGUCCCCUGGAGCAUCCAAGACCAGCAGCCGAAGGAGCAGUGUGAGCAUGGAAGAAACCGAGCAUGCUUGCUAGCAAAUUCUCCCUGCUCUGCCUUCGCACAGACUGCUUCCUUUCUUGAUUAGCAGAUUUAAUAAUUUACCUGAAGGGGUUUUCUUGAUCAUUUUCCUUUACUAUGAAAAAUUUUUUUCAUGCUUUAUGGAUAGCCCAGGAUAUAUUUUAUUUUUAGAAUUUUGUGAAACAGACUUGUAUAUUCUAUUUUACAACUACAAAUGCCUCCAAAGUAUUGUACGGUAGUGUACAGUAUCUGUGAACUGAAUUCACCCCAGACUUCGGCUUUCAGAGCAAAAGGGUUUUUGCAUCAGAGAACUUUCUGUCCAUUUUUAUUCAGGGGAAACUUGGUUUGCUAUUUGUAUGCCUGUGACUUCCUUGGAAAUGAAAUGUAAAGUUUAAUUGAAAGAAUGUAAAGCAACCAA